AUGUUUCCCUAUUCCUAUGUUGUAGGCCAGAAGAGCAUGCGUGUCACCAGCCUGCUCAUCUGCCAGGGGCUUCUGUGGGUGGGCACUGCCCAGGGAGUCAUCAUCACCCUGCCCGUGCCCAAACUGGAGGGCAUUCCCAAAAUAACAGGUACAGAUGAGGGGAGGAGGAUAUUACAUUUUUCACUAUGAAAAGUGAUCCAUUAUCAAAAUGGGAAUACUAAUUGCUUCUGGGGGUAUGUAUGUCAACAUUGUGAUUUUCUGGUUGUGUCUCUGUCCUGCAGGAAAGGGGAUGACCUCGCUGAAUGCCCACUGUGGUCCGGUGGACUUCCUGGUGGCCACCUCCAGCACCCUGUCUGCAGAGCUCCUGAAGAGGGACUCAGUGGGGGACGGACCUGACUCUGCCUGUGGAGGGGAGGACCGCAGUGACUCCUCCUCCCAGGAGUCUCUUCAGCAGUCAGGCUCCUCCCAGGGGGAGGGGCGGGGCAAGGGGCGGGGUGUGCUGCUACAGUACAGGCUACGCUCCACGUCUGGGUUGCCGGGGCGAGCACUGACGGCACGGGGCGACGAGGCGUCUGACUCCUCUCUGGAAUCUCUGGAACAAAGACUGGAGGACGGCUCCAUCUAUGAGCUCAGUGACGACCCCGAGAUGUGGGUGCGGGGGCGCCCCUGUGAGCGAGACGGGGGGCGCAGGGACAGGGUGACCUCGGCCGCGGUCAUAUCCGGGGGCAGGGGCUUCCACAGACUGAGGGAAGGGACAGCAGAGCGCACAGGGGUGGAGUCUUCAGAAACAACCCUGAUGGUAUGGCAACUGCCACUAACUGUGUGA